AUGACAGUAUCCUCGUCCUUCCUGUUCUUCGCGGCUUCUAUUGCCGCUGCGGUCGUUCAAGCGGGUUUCAACCCAAACAGCAAAGCCAACAUUGCCAUCUACUGGGGCCAGAACUCUGCGGGCCAGCAAUCUACCCAAACACGGUUGUCUUAUUAUUGCAAUAACCCUGAUGUUGAUGUCAUCAUCCUAUCCUUCCUUCUCCGCUUCAACGGCUCCGGCGGCCAACCAGUCCUCAACUUUGCGAAUCAAGGCGACAAGUGCACCACCUUUCCCGGAACCGAGACCUUCAACUGUCCUGAGAUCGCCGCGGACAUACCACUCUGCCAAUCCCAAGGAAAAACGAUUCUCCUCUCCCUCGGCGGCGACGCCUACACAGAAGGCGGCUACCCAACCGCCGAUGCCGCCGUUGCUGGGGCAUCCCAUAUCUGGGCCAUGUUCGGCCCAUUGCAGCCCUCCUCAAAUGCCCUCCGUCCGUUCGGCAACGCCGUCAUUGACGGCUUCGAUUUCGACUUUGAAGCCAACGUCUUCAACAUGGCUGUCUUCGGCAACCGUAUGCGUCAACUCAUGGAUGCCUCCUCCUCGACAUCGGAGAAGAAGUUCUAUCUGACGGCUGCGCCGCAAUGCCCCUUUCCGGACUGGUAUAACAAGGACAUCAUUGACAAUGUCCCACUCGAUUUCCUCAAUGUCCAGUUCUACAACAACGGCUGCGGCGCCAGCUCCUACGUCCCCGGCGCAAGCGAGCAGUGGAACUUCAAUUUCGCGCAGUGGGACUUGUGGGCAAGGACGCAGAGCAAGAAUCCGAAUGCUAGAGUCUUGUUGGGGGUGCCGGCGAAUACGGGGGCGGGAAGGGGCUAUUUGAAUGCUGGACAGUUGGCCCCGGUGGUGGAGUAUUCGAAAAAGUUUGAGAGGUUUGCUGGUGUUAUGAUGUGGGACGCUAGUCAGGCUUGGGCGAAUGGGGGGUUUGUUGCGGAGGUAAAGGGGUUGUUGAGAAGCCUGGACCGGAGGGGUUUGAGAUGGGGGUGGAGGGGAGAAGAGAGUCUUAUGAAGUUGGCAGAAUAA